AUGGGGUUUCCAGAGCAUUCGCCAGGAUCUAUUCAAAAUGAUUAUGGCAUUCAGAAACUUGAAGGGCCUGGACGUCGUAGUCUGAUGGCUUCAAAGAAUGGAAAUCAUCAUAACUCGGUGGGCCAAGCAAGCUCAACCGUAAUACAGAACAAUGCGCGGAGUAUACCCCAGAAUAGCAGGUAUCUUCCAAGAAAUUUGGAGCCAUUACUUUCGUUCCCCAUCGAAGAAGAAAACCAGAACAAUGGACAUGAUAGGGAUUCGGUUGACAGAUCCUUUCGCAACAUGCAUCAGGAAAAUGCUGCUGAUGACGAUAUGGAAGAUGAGUAUGGAUUAUCGAAUGAAGAUGGAAAAAACACGAGGCUUUUAAGAGAUUCAGGAGGCAAUUUGCGCUAUAUUGGAGAGAGUAGCCCACUUUCUCUUUUGUUCGAGUGCCGUAAUAUCUUUUACAAAACCCUUGGCCAUACUAAGUUUACAGAUGACCCCCGUAGAAUGAGUAUAGUUGACCAACCUGGUAAGCUUUUAUCGGGGAUUGCAAUUCAGUUACCAACAAGGGAAGAAUGUGAUAUUUUGGUCCUGGUAUUUGAGGAAAAUAUUAACCAUACGUUUUAUGUUUUUAAUAGCAAUUACCUCAGGCAUGAGAUAGUCGAUUACAUUUAUAAAUCCCCGAAUCGAGCUCCUCAUAAUAAAUUGGCUUUAUUACAUUUGGUGCUAGCGCUAGGGUCGCUAUUUGCAGAUAUUUGCCCUGAUUAUUCCAUUAAAGAACUAGAUUAUAAUGAUUCAGCGGCAUAUUUUGAAAGUGGAUCUACAUUAAUUAGAAAUUCGGAGGAUACUGGUGGUCUUUGGGUAAGCGAGGCAUAUUUCUUGAUCUACUUUUAUUACCAAUCAACUUGUAAAAGAAGUACUUCAUGGCUCAUGCUAAACAUGGCAAUUAAAAAUGCACAAGCACUUGGUCUUCAUAGAAGGUUUAUUAAUGAAUCGUUUAAAGAUAUGCGAUACGUUAAUCAUAGGAGGCGGCUAUGGCAAAGUCUAUACAUAUGUGAUCGUAUUUCCUCUAUUUUAUUAGGAAGACCAUUAAGUAUUGGUGACUAUGACUGGGAUGAUGUUGGAUCAAGUGCACCACAAGGUCCUCUUAGAAAUAAUGAUGAUUUCAGGGCUCUAUGUCAAAUGGAAAUGGCAAAGAUUGCUAAAAUAAACGGUAAAAUAGUAGAAAAUUUUUAUGGUGAGGGCAAGAUAAACACCAAUAGGGCAGGAAAAUUGGCAAUUGAAUUAAAGAAAUGGUCAAUAAACUUAAGGAGUGAAAUACAAAUUGACAGACUUUUAACAUGGGAUGAAACCUUAAGCAAAGACAUGUAUUAUGCUUUGCUUUUGACACACUUGUCACAGCUUUAUGGAAUUGUACUAUUAAGCAGGCCAUUUUUCAUGUAUUCGUCUUUUCAAAAAAAACAAGCUACAGAAAAAGUAGAACUUACAUUGACAAAUUUUCGUAAUGCUUGUAUAAAAGCAUCGAUUCUAACAAUAAAGCUCAUAGAUUAUUUUUUGGCAAAAUGUCCUAUGAGAAUGGAACUGUUUACUACCAUCAACUGUUGUUUUAACUCGGCACUUAUAUUAGGCCUUCAGAUAAUGCAUGAGAAAGUUAAUGAAGCUCAGGGAAAAAAUACAGAAUAUAAUCUCGUGCUUCUCAUGGACACAUUGGACAAAGCAAGAAAUACUUUAUCAAAUUAUGGUCCAAUGAGUGCAACUUCUGCAAGAUUUAGUGACAUUAUAGGAAAUAUGCAAUCUUCGUUAAAAGGUAAGUUCUCUAUUCCAGCAGACAAUGGAGCUGCACAAAUGCAAGCCCGGAUACAUGCAACUCCCACUGCAGCAACAUCUAUGGGUUUUAAUGAUAUUGGAGAAAAACAUUUAAAUGGCAUAAAUACUCCAGCGUUUAAUGUAGCUCCAGGUUUGGAUAACUUACUUGAUUUCCAGCAAUUUUUCUUGCCACCUGAAAGUACAUCACCUUCGAACACGGAAACUAGUGACAAACAAGAUAUGCUCGACCUGUUCAUGUAUAAUCUCGGAAAUAGCGAUAUAUUAUUCGACAACCGAAUAUAA